CCCACUUGGAGAUAACCUCACCUACUCUGACUGACUGCCCGCCUAACCCAUCCAUACACCUAUUCCUGUCCACCUCACACGGUCAACACCUCACCAAGCCAACCCAGCUUGUAAACACCACACAUACGCGGCUUCUCGGACUUUAUUCCCUCUCAUCGCCCUUUAUCAAAUCCCGGCCGAAAGAAAAGUCCAGAACACCAGGGUGUACUCUCUCUCUCUCUCUCUCUUCCUCGCCUGAUUACUCAACGCAACCCGUUCCCCGAGAACCGCAGACUUUCCACUCACACUCAACCUAAACGCCAAGAAACACCUCCAGACUCACAUCCACAACCUAGACAAAAAACAAAAAUCCCCCAAUCAUGCCUCCCCGGAUCCCAACCCCAGAAGACUUCACUCAAGUCCAAAAACUCCUCCCCCUAACCCUAGCCUUCCCAAACCCCCCAGAAUCUACAACCGCAAUCCUCCUCCUCUUCCACGGUCUAGGCGACUCCGAGGCCCCCUUCGCCUCCUUCGCCCGCGCAAUGUCCCUCCCGGGCGUCCUCUCCAUCUCCCUUCGCGGUCCCUCCCCGCUACCCCCAUCCAUGCUGCCCGACAAUGAUGGCUCCGUAAACUCCGCCGCCGGCGCACCGGGCCACUUCCACUGGGGCGACGACAUCACCUUCGACCCCUCCACAGACGCCCUCGCCACAGACCCAGGCUUCUCCAAAUCCUCCACCCUCGUCGUGGACCACCUCAUCCGCGACACCCUCAUCACCCGCUGCGGCUGGGAGCUCAGCGACAUCAUCCUCUUCGGCUUCGGCCAAGGCGGGUCCCUGGCCUUGGGCAUCGCAUCGCAGCUCCGUCUCGGCCCAAAAGUCGUAGACGUGACGAAUCUCUCCUCUAGUUCCUCCACCACUGCUCCUACCGCUUCUGCAUCGAAACCAAAGAGGAACGACAGCCACUUUGACGAAAACACGCUCAAAGGCGUCCUCUCCAUCGGAGGCCCUCUACCGCCCUCCAUGGUUCCCACAGUCAGCGCGCGGGGCAAGUGCAAGACGAAAGCGUGUCUCGUUCAACUUGACGACGACGUCUUUGAUGCCGUAAAGGAAGAGUUCCUCGACGUCAGGCUCGUCAAGUGGAAGAGGAAAGACGUGGCUAUGCCUCGUGAUCGGGAGGAGAUGUUCCCCCUCAUGAAGUUCCUUGCGGAAUGCCUCAAGAGCGGUUGGUGAGGCGGUCUCGAGUUCGAUGCGGUACAAUCAAUUACAUACACUCAGACUUGACCAACCAACGAUUCCUCAGCGUCGACCGCACCGAUGGAUGAUGGCAGGCCUAAAUCUAGCUUACCAGCUGAGAGAUGAGCUUGGGUGGCUGGCACACAGAGCGGUGACGCAAGGUUAGUCUUCGUUCCUGAACAUAUGGAAACU